AUGCAUUUGCUCAUUGACAGGAGCAGCAACCACAACAUCAACAACGGCAUGAACAACUCAAACAUCAGCAACUGUCCACCUCGCAUGAUCGAAGAAUGCGGAGGUGUUUUGAUGAUGGGUGGAAAUGUAAAUGUCAUGGACGACAAGCGAUCGCCACCCAGCGAACCGCUUUUAUCUUGUCGUGUUUGUAAGAAAUUAUUCGCUAGGGAAGCUUACUUAUUGCGUCAUCUGGAAACAAAUAAAGAAGACGAACAGCACAGAUUAAGUUUAAUUGAAUUGCGCAAAGAUAGCGAAGCUUACUUUGCAGCAGCACGUUACGACUCGGGUAUCAUGCUCAACGAAAUAAAAAUGGAGGGUGAUUCCGAUAUGAGUGGCGUCGGAAUUGGCAAUGAUACAGGUCGUAGAUGUGGAAGCAGAUGCGGGGUUAAUGCGUUAACUGAAGAGAGGUCAUCAAUUUCUAACGGAGUGGAUGAAUCAUAUAGGGCAUCGACGUCAUCUUCUGAAUUGCAAAACGUUGAUGAAGGAACGGGUAAUAUUAUGCGUUCUAGAUCAAAUAGUCCUAUGCCCUCUAACUCAAAUAACCAUCAACAUCACCAGCAUCAACAAAAUCGUUUAACUCCUUCGCAACACUUACAACCACCGCCUCAGCAGACGCAUGUAGAAGAGUACAUGCAUGGACACAACAACAAAAACAGAUGCAUUAGUAACGCCGAAGAUCAACAACAACCACAACCAAAUGGCCAUUCACAGAAUAUUUUAGCUGUGACAUCAUCUUCAGCCUCGUCGAAUUCUUCUGGUGACCAUGAAAUUUUUUCUCCAACAACAUCGUCAACAACUGUGGCGGUUCAACAGCAAUCAAAUUUACAGAACAAUUCACCAAUGGAUAGAAAUGGCAACAACAAUGGGCAACAGCAAACCCUACAACAACGUUUUUAUCCAUCAGAUAACAUUCAACAACGUUUUGAUGCGUGUCGCGGUGAAUCUCUACCUUUCUCAGCAACUCCAGGUCCCUUGUAUUACAGCCUGUCUCAUCAUCAUCAUGGUCAAGCGGCAUUUUUUGGAGGCCGUCGUCGUAGUAACGAAGCAGAACAGGUGUACAGAAGAAGGUCUGACGUUAUGAACCCUUUUUCAUCUAUAGACUUUUCAUCUGGUCCAAGGGAUUUUAUGGGACGUGAUUUUAUGGGACGCGAGUUGAUUGGUAGAGAUACCAUGACUCCUUUUUAUACUCCACCAAUUAUGGAGCGACCAGCAAAUUUAAAUAAUGGUAGUGGUGGUGGUGGUGGUGGUGGUGGUGGGGUCGGGGGUGUAAACGAAGAAGGGAUGUUUUCUGGAGUGGGUGGUAUGGGAGGCAUGUUCGAUGCCUCUACAGCCGGCCGGUUGAUAUCUGGAUUGAGGUAG